AUGAAGACUGGCCUCUUUCUAUUUGCUGCUCUCUUCUUUCUGGCUCCAGCCAAGAAUGAGUUUUUCGAUGAGAAAUGCUACCAGCUUAAAGGGAAAUGCAUGCGUCAUUGUCAGAAAAAUGAAGAGCUUGUGGCUCUGUGCCAGAAGUCCCUGAAAUGCUGUCUGACGCUCCAACCCUGUGGGAAGAUUAGAUUGGAUGACUGA